AGUCCGGUUUUGGAGAUUCCUGCGUCCUCCGACUUUUCAUGGAAGAGAUGUCAGGAGAAAGUGUGGUGAGUUCAGGGGUGCCAGCAGCUGCUACCCGCACCACUUCCUUCAAGGGCACGAGCCCCAGCUCCAAGUACGUGAAGCUGAAUGUGGGCGGGGCGCUCUACUACACCACCAUGCAGACGCUGACCAAGCAGGACACCAUGCUGAAAGCCAUGUUCAGCGGGCGCAUGGAAGUGCUCACGGACAGCGAAGGCUGGAUCCUUAUUGACCGGUGUGGGAAGCACUUUGGUACGAUACUCAACUACCUUCGUGACGGGGCGGUCCCCUUGCCUGAGAGCCGUCGGGAGAUUGAGGAGCUGCUGGCAGAAGCCAAGUACUACCUGGUCCAGGGCCUGGUGGAAGAAUGCCAGGCAGCCUUACAAAACAAAGAUACUUACGAGCCUUUCUGCAAAGUUCCUGUCAUCACCUCAUCCAAGGAAGAGCAGAAACUUAUAGCGACUUCAAAUAAGCCAGCCGUGAAGCUGCUCUACAACCGAAGUAACAACAAAUACUCAUAUACCAGCAAUUCUGACGACAAUAUGUUGAAAAACAUUGAGCUCUUUGAUAAGCUCUCUCUGCGCUUUAAUGGAAGGGUCCUGUUCAUAAAGGAUGUCAUUGGGGACGAAAUCUGCUGCUGGUCCUUUUACGGGCAGGGCCGCAAGAUUGCCGAGGUCUGCUGCACCUCCAUCGUCUAUGCCACUGAGAAGAAGCAGACCAAGGUGGAGUUCCCAGAGGCCCGGAUUUAUGAGGAGACCCUCAAUAUUCUGUUGUACGAGGCCCAGGACGGCCGAGGACCUGACAAUGCGCUCCUGGAGGCCACCGGCGGGGCAGCGGGCCGCUCGCACCACCUGGAUGAGGACGAAGAGCGGGAGCGGGAGCGGAUCGAGCGUGUGCGGCGGAUCCACAUCAAGCGCCCAGACGACCGGGCCCACCUGCACCAGUGAGCUGGCCGACCGUCCCCGCCUCCUCCUCCUCCUCCUCCUCCCAGCCCCCCCGCUCUUCACUCCGAUUCCUGCGGACUCCUGGGCACCGUCCGUGUUCCCUGCAGUCCGGAGAUCCGUUUCUGUAAUAAGCCAGAUGAUUAUUUUGAUACUUCUCGACCGGGUGACUGUCUCUCCCCAGGUGAAUGCACCCCUGUUCUUGAGCAAGCUGUGUCCCUUUCAUGGGGAUCUGAGAAACUUUGGAGCCAGGCUCUCAGCUCUCGGAGAAAAGUCUGAAUGGGUAUGAAGUGGACAUGAGCAAUUUUGUUUGCAGUAUUUAUUUUGGUGGGUGCUGAUUCCCUGUUUGGCUUUGGGGCGGCAUUCCAUCGGGGCUCAGUCUGGCCGCUCUGAGAGGGGCCCUGCAGUUGGUGGCCACCACAGGUUUCCCUGAGCUCCCUGCUUCAGAACCCUCCAGGCCGGCAUGCUGGCUGCAUGCCCCUGCAUUAGACCAGGCUGUCUCUGGGUCUCUGCUAAAAGUCCGUUCUGCCCUCGGGUUUCGCCCCUGUGGUACCGGCAGGUGAUUGCAGUUUGUGGCAAAGAUAGGACCGAUGGGCUUCGUGCCUCUGACUGUUCGAGUGUAGCUCUCAGUUCCCAGCACUGUUGGAGGGGCAGGCCUGUCAGGACCCCACACACCUGGCUAAGGACAGAGCUGGCCCCGGCAAAAAAUGUACGGCUCUGUUUCUGGCUCCUUCCCCACCUCCUGCCCCUUCCACUUGUCCCCCUUGUUGACCAACUCCGUCCUCAAGGGCCGCAUGGCCUGGUUGUGGACAGAGCUCACAUACAUCCUGGGCUCCUUGGCCUUCUUCCCUGUUAAGCUGGGCUUCCUGUCUCAAGUAGAAGUCCUGCCCUUUGCUUAGAAAGGGGACAUAGCCUGGCCUCUGUCCCCCGGCCUGGCAUCCAGGCAGGGAGCCCGUUCACACCAGCAGUCUCGGGGCAGCUCGCCUGCUGUACAUAGCCCUCCCCCAGAGAUCCCCUCUGUUUCUUUGCCUCUGAGUUUUACACAGUGUGGAGUGGCCACAGCGAGAGAGUUGGAGGAUGUGUAGCUCCUCUGGGGUCCAGUUAAGUGUUUAUGUUCGUGUUUAAGGGACGUGUGCGACUGUAGAUGGGAAUGUGUUUGUGUGGAGUGCAGGGGGCCUGCGCUGGAGCCCGGCUGUCCGCAUGGUGCUUAUGGAGGACGGAUGUUCUCGGUUACCUACCUCCCAGCCUCUGCGCCUGUGAAGGGACAGAAGUGAGUGGUGACUGAUGUGGCUGGUCACGACUAGACUAGGUAGAGUAGUUGAAAGGAGAUGUGAACAUGUGUUAGGUGAUGGAUGGGAUUUGUCUACUCUUCAAGGGAAAUGUUACUGUUUUAUACCAAAGGUAUUAACAUGGGCAGCCUUCGACACAGUGUAUUCCAAAAAACGAGUUUCUAUUUUGAAAUGGUUUUUACAGCUUAGGCUUUGUACAUACUGCCCUUCUUGGGACAGUGGUAUGCCUUUAUUUUGUAUUGAGCAACAAAGCCUCCAAUAAAACUUUAAAA